AUGUUGAAUAGUUUAUCAAAAGAUGAAUUGAUAGUUGGAUCAGUUUUAGAUGAUGUUGUUAGAAAUUAUAAUAGAUAUCUUAACAAUAAGAUUGUUUGUGAAAGUGGUUUAAAAACUUAUAAAUUUAGAGAGUAUACGUUAUGUGUAUUAUUUAAUUCAGCUAAAAAUAUAUAUAUUUCAUUAUGUCAUAAAAUUCCUGGUGCUAAUUAUAAUAGAAAAUACCAAGUUACUGGAGGUAAAGUAGAUUUUAUUGAUAGAAAAAAGAAAGAUUAUUUUCUUGAGUAUGCAAAACAUAAAGCAUUAGAAGAAUCAGGAGUUAUUUUAGGUAAUAAUAAUUUGAUUUAUGUUGUAAUAGAAGAGAAUUCCAGAAUAUUUCCAAAGAGAGAAACAGAAGACAUUUACAGAAUUGCUGUAUAUAUUGCUAAUAUAGGAGAUAUUACUCUACAAUGUAAAGAACCUGACAAAAAUACAAAAAAUAGAUGUAAACCAAAAAGAAAAAGACUUAAUUUUAAUGAUUCUGAAAGUCCUAAAGAAGAAAUUAUUAAUGAAGUUAUUGAAAAUUGUGAAGUAGUAGAAAAUUGUGUUGUGAUAAAUUGUGAUAGUAUAAAUUGUAAUGAUAUUAACAAUAAUAGUAUUAAUCAUACUGAAGAUGAGAAAAUCGAAGAGGAGAUUCUUAAAAUAGUUCAAUAG